UCAUGCUGCUGCGAAGUCCAGAGUCUCUCAUGGGGUCCUGUACGGCCUCCCCAUUGCUGCUGUCUCCAUCGCCACACUCUGCCAUGUGCCACUUUCAGGUCUCCUCACACACUGCUGGUGUGUUCAAUUUUUUGUGUCAUAGGGUGCUGGCAGAUUACGGCCUCCCAUAGCUGCUGCCAGGCCCCUAAUCUGCCAUGGGCCCCUAUACCGCCUCCUCAUGCUGCUGCGAAGUCAGAGUCUCUCAUGGGUCCCUGUACGGCCUCCCAUUGCCUGCUGUCUCCAUCGCCACACUCUGCCAUGUGCCACUUUCAGGUCUUCCUCACACACUGCUGGUGUGUUCCAUUUUUUUGAC